AUGCACUUCUCCACUCCCCUUCUGAGCCUUCUGGCCAUUGCUGCCGGCGUCCAGGCCAUCGUCACGCACGAGCCCCCAGUUCACCAGAAGAGUGCCUCCGUCCAGGGCACUGCCGUUAGCACUGGUGCCCACCCCAUUAUGACCGGCACCAACGGUGCCAACAACGGCACCUCCGGCGGAAACGGCACUACUGGAGGCGGUGGUACCUCCGGCGGAAACGGCACCACUGGAGGCGGCGCUGGAGGUGGCGCUAGCUCGAGCUCGGGCGCUGGCGGCGCUGGUGGUGCUGGUGGUGCUGGUGGUGCUGGCUCAACCUCGGGCGCUGGUGGCGCUGGUGGCGCUGCCUCGGGCUCUGCCAGCAACACUCCUGCCUCCCCCAGCUCUACCGGCUUCGUCCCCUCCAACCCCGGUGCCAAGGUCUCUAUUCCUCAGCUGGGAAUGGUUGGCGCUGGUAUUGGCAGCGUCGCCUAUGGUGCCCUCAUCUUCCUCGCUUAA